AUGACAAAGGUUGAUGCUACCAAAGCUAAAUUUGACAAGCUGACACAAAUGAGAUCUGAACUUGCCUCAGAACAUCACAAGCCGGAACUAAGGGAUAUGCCUAGUGAGACCCUGGAUGAAGAGCUUCAAGUUCUUAUUUCUGACAAGUCUGGAGAAACUCAGUAUCAUGAAUCUAUGCAAAACCAAAUCAACACUAUUAAGGAAGUGGCGCAAGAGCUUAAGAUGGGCGAACAUCAAGUUGUUUUGUUUACAACAAAAAUACCUAACAGUGAGAUUGAGGAUGCAGCGGCGACGAUCGAAGAAGUGGCAGCUAUCGAGGAAGCGAUAAUGAUCGAGGAAGUUUCGGCAAUAGAGGAAGCGGCGGCGAUUGAGGAUGCAGCGGCGAUGAUCGAGGAAGUGACGGCUAUCUAG